AACAAGAAAAAUAACGAUGAACCAAGUUCACACAAGAUGUCGCUCGCCCAGAAUGAUAUCGUUGUAACUUGUCAACUUUGAUUCUGUCAAAAUUCACCCGAAAUAACGAAUUAAUGCCUGCCUAAAUGGUUGUUUCAGACUCAAUCCUCUUUCCUCCUUCCAACAUGAAGGUGCGAAUUACAAGUUUAGAUGGGAGGGAUUAUUUAGCCGACCUUCAUCAGGAAUGGAGUGUUGAUAAAGUAAAAAUCAUGUCGCUUAGCCAUUUCUUCAACCCAGCUGAGAGCAUGAAAACCUCACUGUAUCAUAAACUGGUACAUGUGAGGUCUGGUAAAGUCCUUGACGAGGAGCAGAGCCUUGCGCAGGAAGGUGUCAGAGAUAAUGAUGAACUGCUUCUUUUGAAAAGACGACUUCCGCCAUCUCCCUUUGAUGGGCCUGAGAAAGCCAAGGCUGAUGGCAAGAAGGAAAUGGACAUGGAGACCAUCAGACGUAUGACGGCCGAUGUGCCCAAGUCAACGUGUGAAGCUGCCGAUGACUCGUCUGAUCCAGCUGUAGAUUUCCAGACAGAGCUGCGCCGUAUCCUGAUAUCGUUGAUAGAAGCCUCACAGAGAAUCCUCUGCAUGAACCCUGCAGCUGCCAAAAUAUUCAAACAGGCUGAAGAAAUCCUAAAUGAGCCUCCUCGGCCGAGUCAGGUGGACGAUAUGUCACUCAAACAGCUGGUGGAUAUGGGCUUCCCGGAGGCGAGAGCUCGGAAGGCUCUCAUGCUGAAUAAGAUGAAUGUGAUGCCAGCGAUGGAGUGGUUGUUUCAACACGAGGAUGACCCUGACAUUGAUGCACCUCUGCCAGGGGAGGAGGAGACAACUCCGCAGACUCCAGAGGAGCAGCCAGAGGGAGCAAUUGGCGGCAAGGAAAAUCCUGAUGGAACUCCCAAAGUGACAAAUAUUCUCGAAUCUCUACGAGCUUUCAGGAAGAGGGAAUUCCGUCCAAAUGCCAGGGCUCUACAGAAGCUGUUGGAAAUGGGCUUCAGUGAACAGGAGGCGACGGAUGCACUCCGAGUGUCUAGGAAUGACCAGGAUGCAGCUUGUGAAUGGCUCCUUGGUGACCGGCAGACCCGCCCGGAGACGGUGGACGAUGGACUGGACCCUGACAGUCCUGUCUACAAGGCAAUACUCGCCAACCCAACUGUCCAGCUGGGCCUCAAUAACCCUCGAUGUUUACUGGCUUUCCUUCAGAUGCUUGAGUCCCCUAUGUCAGCCAAUCAGUGGCUCAACGAUUCAGAGACAGGGCCAAUCCUUAUCCAGAUAUCGAGAAUAUAUCACGCCGAGAAAAACUCGAAACCUCGCAACAUCCAAAGUGCGGUUGCAAGCUGACGAAUACAGAGGGCUUCCUUUGUAAUAAUUUAUUUAUGCAAUAUGAAAGUUGUUUUUCUGUGUAUGUGUAUGCUUUUAGGAGAUGAUUGUUACGACUUUAUACCAAGUGUUUGUAAGGCUAAAAAAUAUAAUAGCCUUGGUUCUCAGGCACUGCUUACGUCAUCAUAAAGUCCACUGCACGUUUUGUUUUUAUUUCCAUUUAGAGAAAAGAAAAAUUCUUUCUUUUCUGCAUCUCGAACGCACGACACCCCUAAAAAAAAUCCUUAAGUAUUCCGGGUCUCAAAUACAUGAAAUACCUAUGCUACCAUACCUAAAAACAAUGUGAUCCAAUAUAGUGUGCAGUUACUUCCCUGCACUGCACAUCUCGUGUUAUGGUCAUGGCGGCAAUAGGAGUUUGUGUGCUUGUUUUGCUGUUUGCAAAUUUGGUAAAUUAAAACAUGAAAUUUAUGAUAAAACAUCAUCAGUCAUGAUGAUUUUCGAAUUCAAUGGCAUUUGUGUACUGUAUGCCAGACAAUAUUUUAUACACAGAGAUUAAGAUAACAUGUGUAUUUGUCUUGUAAAAUAAGCCGGAAAUAGCAAUCAGCUCUUCACACAUUUUCUCCUCGAUCUAUGGUUGAUUUAGUUUAGGAAAUAAUGUCAUGGCCAAUAAGAAAUUCAAUACAAUGAUAGGAAGUCUGAAGACUUUGUAUUUCUAACGACUAAUGUUGUGAGUUCAUGGUGAGUUGUGAUUUGCUGAUCAUUUCAUAAAUGAUUUCGCUGAAAUUAAUGUAAAUAAAAUUGAAUAAAAUCUUUGAUAAUAGUAAUAUAAUAGAUAACAAACGUAAGUCCAGAUACACAAUGAACACUUUUAUAGCCAGACAGUGUAGUAACAGGACUAACUUGCGUACUUCAGUACGGAUUUGUUGGCAUGCUUCUUCCGGUGUUGUGUGUUCACUGUAAAGUCUUCACGUUGUGAUAUAAAAUCAAAGCUCAUUGUAUGCAUGAAUUAUGCACACACUGAUGUUAAACAGUGGUCAAAUACUGUAUGCCAGUAUUUUACUCAUCAAGGAAUACGUAUAUGUGGGGAGGCCCUUUCUCAGGUUGAUUGUACACAACUGUUUAUUUGGUAACAUGCAAGUCUAAAAACCAUCAUCCGCUCCAUGAUAUUUUCCAAAGCCAUUGCCUGAGAACCAAUUCUUUUAUUUUGUAAGCCUAAAGUAAUUGCACAUACUCGGCUUUUUUAAAUUGAGUGAUUGUUUCUCCGGCAUUAAGGGACUGACCAUGUGAUAUUCUUGGAGGGUCCCUAAAUCACUAACCAAUCACUUAUCUGGUCCAGGCUUCAUUAUUAACGGCCAUAUAGCUGGGGGGCGGUGGGGUAGCCUUAUGGUUGAAGCUUUCGCUUGUCACGCCGAAAACCCCGGGUUCAAUUCCUGACAUGGGUACAAUGUGUGAAGCCCAUUUAUAGUGUCCCCUGUGGUAUUGCUGGAAUAUUGCUAAAAGCGGCGUAAAACAAAUUCACUCACUCACUCAUAUAGCUGGAAUAUUGCUGAGUGACAAAACUACAAACAAUUUGAGUCAGGGAGGUAUGAUAUCAUUUAAUGAGAUUGAGAACAAGGGUUAGGAUUUCUUUAAAUGGCAUUUAGAAGUUAUACAGACAGAAUUUAUGGAUGUCAACUUCUUCAGCACGAAGAAAACAAUGUUUCGGUAAAUACUUACUCCUUUAUCAGGUGAAAUAUACUCCGAAACAUUGUCAUAAUAAAGAAGUUGACAUCAAUACAUUUUCUUCCUCACUUUGAGGUCAUGAAAGAUGAAACACCUCUUCCCGAGGCAAGGGAGUUAACUGACUUUAAAAGUCCAGUUUCCACUCGAACUAGGUUGGAAUUCCUGGGCUCGAUCGUAGCACCACUAGUGGUUUUACGAGUUACGUCCCUUCUAAGGCUAU